AUGAAAUCAAUCUCUAAAUGGUUUAGUAUCAUUCUCAUUAUUGUAAUUGUAACAUUAAAUGUAACAUCAUCUAAAAAGAUUGGUGAUAGAAACAAAGAUUCACUUGAUAGUGUACUUGAAGUAGGUGAUGAUGGAGAUCUAGCAGUAGAUUACUCACAACCUUGGAGUACAAAAAAGAAUGUUGUCAAGAGAAACUUGGUGCGCGAGAAUUUCAGACCAUCAAGUAUCAUCAAGAACUACUUGUCCUAUUACGAGGAUACGUCAAAACGUUUGUUUGAUGGCAAUGUACUUGCCUAUGUAACACCAUGGAACAAGCACGGUUACGAGAUUGCUGAACGAUUCAAGCACAAGUUUACUCAUGUCUCACCCGUUUGGCAUCAGAUCAAGUGGGAUGGUAAAAAGACUCUGAUCCAAGGUGACAACAACUAUGACAAGAAAUGGAUCGAUAGUAUUAGAGAUGGAUCACAAACCAAAGUAGUCCCAAGAUACCAAUUUGAUGGUCAAAAUUGGAAUACUGCUCUUGCCAAAGUUGUCCUUGACGAUAUAUUAAUUGAUCAAUUAAUUAAUGAUAUAAAGAAAAAUGAUUAUGAUGGAUUAGUAUUAGAAGGAAUUGUACCAUACUUUAAGAUUGAUAAGAAACCAAGAAAUCAAUUUAUUGAAAGAUUAUAUAAAAAGAUACAAUCAAUUAAAAAACAAUUAUUUAUUGUUGUUCCUCCAAUUGAUAGAGGACAAUUAUUUACAAAUGAAGAUUUCCAUUCAUUGGUAUCAUUUGUUGAUGGAUUUUCAUUGAUGACCUAUGAUUAUGAUCCAUCACAAGCAUCGGUUUCACCAUUACCAUGGGUUGAACAUAAUUUAAGGGGAGUAUUGGCAGGUGAUAGUGGAGACAAUGUUCACAAGGUUAUGAUGGGCAUUCCAUUCUAUGGUUACAGAACAACUUUAAAAGAUUCACCUGCUGUUUUGGGUAACGAUUACAUUGAAAUGAUCAAAAAGUACAAACCAAAGAGAAUCGAUUGGAGUAGAACAACCCACGAGCAUACCUUUACCUAUCAAGACGAAGCAUCUGGUAACACUGAACAAAAGGUUACCUAUCCCUCCCUACUUUUCAUUCAAGAAAGAAUUCAAUUGGCCAAACAAUAUCAAGUUUCAAUUUCAAUUUGGGAAAUUGGUCAAGGAUUGGAUUAUUUCUAUGAUUUAUUAUAA